AUGGCCUUUGCGCCCAUGGGGCCUGAGCCCUCGUUCUUCCAGGCUUUGGACCAGCACAGGGCUUCCCUGCUGGCCGCCCUGAGGACAGGCGGCGGGGAGCCCGCGGGCGUGGGGACACGGCUGGCCUCCAGUUCUGAGGUUCUUGCAUCAAUCGAAACUGUCAUCCAGGACGUGAUCACCAGCUUGGCAAGAAACGAAGCACCUGCGUUCACCAUAGAUAACAGAUCGACCUGGGAAAACAUAAAGUUUGAAGAUUCUGUGGGUCUUCAGAUGAUAUCUCAUUGUACCACCAAAAAAAUCAAAAGUGAUUCACUAAAAUCAGUUAAAAAUUUUGCUUUAAUUCUUAAAAUAUUGUCCAUGAUUUAUAAACUGGUACAGAGCGACACUUAUGCAACCAAAAGAGACAUAUAUUACACUGACAGCCAACUCUUUGGAAAUCAGACCACCGUGGACAGCAUCAUCAAUGACAUUUCCUGUAUGCUGAAAGUGCCGAGGAGGUGUCUACAUAUAUUAUCUACGUCAAAAGGUUUAAUCGCCGGCAACUUAAGGUACAUGGAGGAGGACGGCACCAAAGUGCACUGCAGCUGCGCCACGGCUGUUGCUGUGCCAUCUAAUAUUCAAGGAAUCUGGAAUUUAAUUACAGAUGCAAAAUUUCUAUUAAUUGUAGAAAAAGAUGCAACAUUUCAGCGACUGCUAGAUGAUAACUUUUGCAGCAGAAUGUCUCCGUGCAUCAUGGUUACGGGGAAGGGGGUGCCCGACCUGAACACCAGACUGCUGGUCAGGAAGCUGUGGGACACCUGCCACGUCCCCACGGUCGCGCUCGUGGACGCCGACCCGCACGGCAUAGAAAUCAUGUGCAUUUAUAAGUACGGAUCUAUGUCGAUGUCCUUCGAAGCCCACAACCUCACGGUUCCCGCCGUUCGAUGGCUUGGUCUCCUCCCCUCGGAUGUUAAAAGGCUAAAUAUACCUAAAGAUAACUUAAUUCCAUUGACUAAACGGGACCAAAUGAAACUUGACAGUAUCCUGAAGAGACCUUAUGUUACUUGCCAGCCAUGUUGGAGAAAAGAAAUGGAGAUAAUGGCAGAUUCUAAAAUGAAGGCAGAAAUUCAAGCUUUGACCUUCCUGUCAUCAGAUUAUCUCUCCCGAGUAUACUUACCUAACAAAUUAAAAUUUGGGGGGUGGAUCUAA